AUGGAUGAUGUGGAGAUUACAGAUGUGGACGACGGCGACAUGCCUAACAAGGUGGAGAAAGCCCAUCACCUACACAACCAGGACCUGAGUUCUCUGAGCGAAGCUGGUAACCUCUCAUAACAUCACAAGAAACACAAGAUUCUUGACAUACGGCAUCAGUCAACAUUAGCAUGCUAGCAGCCUUAGUUUAUCUAUCAGUAAAUACAUCCGUUUACCAAAUGAAGUUCACAAUUAAUAUAUCAAAGUCAAUGAGUACAGUUGUGUUUGUGUGUCCCACAGCAGCUGAACUCCUAUCUCAGUAUGGUUGGCACCUGCUGGUUGCGACUGUGUUGGUCUCCCUGCUCAUCCAAUAUCUGAUGAAGAGAUUUAGCCAGAGCGAAGACACCAACUCAACUACACCACAACCACAGCAAGGUCAGCUGCUGCUCUUCAUCACUCUGUUUUACACUCCAGUAGGACAGUUCAAUGGCAGAGGUCUCAUGAGGAUGAAUUCAGUCUACUGAAGGAGAGAGAAUCCAGAGUGAAUCAGUUUCAGUGUGGCCAGACUUUCAGUGUUCAUUUGGUUUUCAUGGAAUAAAUUAGUGUAAAAUUGAUACAUAAUAUUUCAAAAGUAUUUGAAUCCCCACAAACCCGUGGACUAAACUUUAUCAGAGAAGUCAGCCCCAGCACUAACUGAACAGAUGGCAGCUGAGUGCAGGCCACUAAACAUUGUAGAGGAUGCGGGUCUCCCAUAAUGCUCCACAGGCCCUAUGUUACUGUCUGAAUACCAUUUACAAGCCGUUUCAUCAUGGGGAACAAUAGCUCCGUGCAUAAAAGACCUGUAUAAGAAAGAAAAGUAACCAAACUGGAAGUCCUGAAAUGUGCGAAAACUGUUGUAUCAACUAGGGAUCCCAGGACAUUAAUACAGAAUCCAGAUUGUCUUUAAAAGGUUAAAAUAAGCCUUGUGGUUGACUGAGUAAGCACACUGAAACUGUAUCCUUCUUUCAAGUCAUAGUUUCAGAUCACAGCAGUGUAGCAGGGCAGCAAAUCUAAAAGCCAAGGCCCUCGGGAGAAUUACUUUACAGAGUUGAUACCAGAGGUGGGAAUUGUGGAGUCAGCAAGUCAUCUCCAUGUCAUGUAUUUGUUCUGCUCUGUCACUGAACCAGCUGUUUCCAAUGAGCAGCCAGGAAGGUGAGCUCAUUAGUGAAGGCACCUGGUUCAGUAACUGAGCAGAACAAAUACAUGGCAUGGAAAUGACUUGCUGCCACAAUUCCCAUCUCUGGUUGAUACAAACUUAAAAUCUGGUCAAAAAUGUAAAGUAAUGGAUUUUUAAAAUGCCAUUUAUCAUUUAUAUCAGUUGCUUAUCUUAAUAAUGCUCCAAGAAAGAUGUUGGGGUUAAAGAUAUCUUUUUUUUUUCAGCGUUUCCAGAUGUGUUCAAUGGUAAAUAAGUAUACCAGAGGGAAACCACAUUAAAACUAUGUGUCUGAGAAAACUUUUGUUUGAACCACCAAAUACAAAAAGUCUUUAUUUUAAAUUAUUUAGUCUCAUGGGAUCUUACAGAUCUGACGUGAAACUGGACCUGAAGCUCAGCAGCAUCCCACAUUCAUGAAGCCAAACUUUUUGACCAAUCACAGGGCCCCAUCUCUUACCUUGUACCAACAUUAGCCAUUUACACCUCCUAUGCAAACACACUCUCUCUGGAGUGUGUGUUUGGUUUAGGUGAGGUUUGAGGUGGGAGUGGAAGUAACUGGGUAAAGCAAGCAGAAAGGGGAGGAAGAAAUAGAAAAAUACAAGACAAGAUCAUAAACACAAGGGCCCUAUUUUAUCAAUUUUGCGCAGAUCUGAGCGCAGGAUUCAUUGUACGAUAUGACACACGUGAGAUUUAUGAAAGGGUUCGUAUCUGACCAAUCCCAGCGUACGUAUGAUCGGGUCUUGAUAAAUACGGCGGCUGAAAUCGAUCGUCAUUGACAUGCUACGCCCUUAAAUAUUUGUGGUUCAGAAGCCUCGCCCACUGAGGUCAAACAUGAACACAGCCAAGCGCGUCCUGUAUGAACCAGGAGUAAAAAGGAUUCGAAAGUUUUCUGAGCUGAAAGUGGAUAUCCUCACACCUGUGGUGAAACUAACAAGGAUUUUCUCUUUGGAAGCAUCAAAACUGGUAUAAAACCGUCCGGAAAACUCCUGUCUGGAGCAGGAUUAUGGUGGCGCUGAACAGCGCUGCAGCGGAAUAGUGGACAGUGACUGAAGUUUGAAUAUAUCAUUAGUCAAUAAGUUGCUUGUGGUGAUAAAUAAUUAUCUUAUAAAUGCCUCAUAUUUUUUAUUGCCAUGACAUAGGAUACGUUGCUCCAAUUAUUGAAAGUAUUUAGUUUUAAUUUGUUGUGUCUUUGUAAUGUAGAGCAGACUGGAGAGUCUGACAGAGGCUGAACAAAAAUAAUUAUUAACAUCACCAAACGGUGUGUUGCUGCUCCUGAGGCACAUUUUUAUGGAUUUCUAUUGGAUUUUUUUUUCUAAACUUAUACUUUACAUGUCAGAAUCCAUGGAUAAGGUCCUGUCUCCUCUGUACAGCACCUUUGUGGAGUCUCUCCUCGUUAUUGUUCUCUGGGCAUCGGGUCCACACGUUGCACCGGCACAGCCAACGGCACUCCAUUCACCAGUGCAACAUUGUGCUAAACUGUACUGGCCCGAAUGAUGUCCCACACCCUUUCAGGAGUGUACAACAACGUCCCCGCUGCUGGGCCAAAACAGAGACACCUGCCUUUAGGAGUCAAACACAGCGCUCCACAGUGGCGCGUGUGCGUAAUGUUAAAACAGCUCUCCUGCUCUGUGGCAGUGUUUAUGGGCAGAGUUAUCGGAUAGGCCGAUUCACUAAGGACAUAACAAAUCUAUUUUAUUUUAUUCACGUCUUAAUCUUUAAUGAAAUCUGGCUGGUUGUGCUUAAUGACAGGUUUGAGGUUUGUAUACCAAUUAUUUUGAGACAGACAUUUGCUGCACCACAGAUCCACACUGACUCAAACUUGCUUACAUGAUGUCAGACCUGUCGUGAAGUUUGGUCGUAGCGUACGCUCACGUGCAGAUUGAUAAAUGCUGAUCCUCACGUCAAAAUUUUCGUACGCAAAGUGUACGCAAGUUUUCUGCCGUUCGCAAGCUUGAUAAAUGAGGGCCAAGAUGUGUAUAGAGAUUGUCACAAUCCUUUUCUAUGUAAUAACUUAAAAUACUAAUAAUUAAAAAUGUCCUUUUUUUUCAUGAUUUUAACUUUUUUUCACUAAGAUGUUGCAUCAAUUGUGAGAAAUCAAGAAGCCAUGGAAGCUGCUCGGAGACGGAUGCAGGAGGAGCUUGAUGCCAAAGCAGCCAUCUUCAAGGAGAAACAGAAACAGGUGCAACUAUAGUGAGGUGAAGAAAUUUAAUGAGUGUAAUGAAGUCAACCCCGAACUGACUUUGGGAUCUGUUUUGUGAACAGCAAGAGGAGGAGAAGAGGAGGCAGAAAAUUGAGAUAUGGGAGAGUAUGCAGCAAGGGAAGAGCUACAAAGGAAGUAAAAAACUUUCUGAAGUAAGUUUUAUAGUUUUAAGUUUAUAAAUCAUCUUGAACCUCACUUCAUACUCAUGCAGUUCACUCAUCUAGAGGGAUUUGAAAACUAAAAUAACACGACACAGUGUUGAAAAGGGAUGACAAGACGACAGAUCAUGCUGUUUGCUAAGAGUUCCUUCUUUUAUUGUUACCUCAGUGUUAUCCCGCUUUGAAUUACCAGGUAGAGGCUGUUUGAAUUCCAGAGGCAGCUGAGUUUGAACAACAGUAUCUUUUUUCUUCAUGAGAGUAAUGUUACAUUCAUGCAGUGCUGCUUCAUAUGUGUUAACAAGUUGGACAUGUUUCCAUCGAUGUCCCCGACUGCUGCUGAAAAGUGCCGUCAAACUGCUUUAGUCUGAUCCACUUGUCUUUGUCCAUUGUUUUAUUUCACAGGGAAACCAUAGUGUUCCCACACAGGAGACCUUUAAUGUUAGUGGGGGAUCUUCUAGUUCUCACUUGUUGUGUUGUGUGUUCUGUGUAAGAUCAGCUUCCGUCUUCCGGCUGUGUGGUAACUUGGAUAACUUUGCAUGCAUUCAGUUCAGUACACAUGUGCUCCAUACUGGAAGUCCUUUACUAAUACAGUUUGUUGCGAAUACAUAACCUUUACAUCUUACAUCUCUUCUUAUCUUUGCCCCGCAGCAGAUGCACACGAUCUCUUUUCUAUAGAGCUUUCAGACAAGUGGUUGUUUUUUUUUCUUAAUCUGGAGUCCACAUGACUCGAUUUGGAGACUGUACAUCUAAUUGCCCAUCUCAGACAUUGACGAUUUUUCACUGUAAGCUAACUAAAGCUACCCAAUGAAACAAAAAGUUACUGCAACUCCUGUUAAAGGUAAAAGACAAACAUCAGAGUCUUAAAACAAAAUUUCAAAACGGUGUGCAUUUUAAAGAAAAGCACCUCCUCUCUUCAGGGUUUACAGGUGUUGAUAAUCUUUAUUUAAGUUUUAGAAAAUAAAAAAAAAAAGUUUAUGUGGUCUCAGAAAUGAAGGAUGAACAAGUUUAGUUUGUGGCCGCGGUAUUUCUUAAAAUCAAGCCACUCCAUCUAGAACCCUGAUCCGAAAACUGUUCAGAAGAAGAGGACACAUGAGAGGCAGAGCACUUUAUCAGAGAUAGGUUCCUUGCAGACGACAUUUGUAUCCUGGUGACUGUUGUGAGAAAGAGUUGGCAAGAGCUCAAUCUGAAUGAACCUGUAAUUGGAUUUUUUCUUAGAAAUGAUUGAAAACAUUUUAGAGGAGGUCACGUAAGAUUCAUCCCACUGCUGAGAUCACAGAUUUCAAACGAGGUUUACUCAAAGACCUCCUCUAGAUUGGAAAACGGGGGCACGGAAACACAAUAGUCCUUUGUGCUUUGAGACUCAGCUCAGACCGACUUGGCCAGAUAACUGACAUGGCUGUUGCCUGUGUUGACUCUGAGAAAGACAUUUUAUUCUGAUCAGAGAUUGUAGAGACUGAUCCCACAAUAACCUGAUUCAUCUGCCUCACUGCAGACCACUGAGGAGGCCAACUCGUCAACCUCAGCGCUGAAGCCAAAGACAGACAGGAAGCCUCUUCGUAGCGCAGGCAAGUAAUAAUAUGUUUACACUGUUUGAGCACUUCCCAAGGUUUCAAAAACAAUUGUAUGUUCAAAAUGCAUUUAGUUUUCUCUUGGUCUUUAUUUAUGUAUACAUACAUUUUUGUUUCAGGCUGAGGGAGAGAAGGAAAUAAGUGUGAUGAUUUUUUACUCCUGUUAACUUAAAAUGCAUCUAUUCAAAGGUGUUAUUUUCUUGCACUUGUUUUUUCACACUAAAACCUUAAACUCAGCACACUGUGGGCUUUGUGAUGAUGAACAUUCAAAGAUAUGGUUACGACAGCGGGUUUAAAUGUGCUGUAGGUGAGUUGUGUUAGGUCUCUUUACUAAAGAAACCAGGCAAAGCUAAAAAGAUGGUUGAUGGCUAGUGCUAUGGCUGGGACCCUAUGUGUACUGUUGAUGAAGUUAGGUGCUGUUCUAAGCAUUAUUUGUGACUCUAUUGUGGCUUUUUGGUUGAAGUUUGCACAUGGAGAUGUAGACCGCUGUGUAUUGCUAUCGUGCGGUCAUAGCUAGUAGCUAGUUGGUAUAACUAGAGAAGCAAGCGGUCGGCAACAUUCAUCUCUCGAGGGGGUGUCUAACUCAGUGUUACGAUGUGAUUCUAAGUUAAUUUUAUGCUGGAAUAUCCAUUUAAAGGAGAGUUACGCAUUUUUUAAAAUUCUCCUUGUAUUGUUUUAGAAACACAAGAAAGUAAACAGAAAUAUUCUAUUUAACUCCUCGAAUGAGGCAACAUGAAAACCUCAUCAAAACUAUAACAGGCAAAAGACAAACUUAAAUGGGGACUGGGAUUUUCUCAUAAUAGAACAACAGUUUACAGUCUGACAUUAAAAACAUGUCAUUGACUUUGCCUGAUUUUUGGUUAUUUUAUCUUUUAGUCCUCUAUUAAGAGUUAUUCUCUCCAUCACAAAGAUGUUAUUAAACAGAUGAAUUCUUUUGUUUUGAGCUGGGUCCUGGUGAAGGACAUUUUACAUGUCACUUAUGAUACUCAUCACAUAUCUCACUUUCUUUCUUCAUAUCAGUCGGGUACACAAACUUCACACUUAGAGGAAUUGGGGUUAAAAAGAAAGUGUUGAGUAGCAAAAAAAUUGAAAGUGUUUUCCCUUCAUAUUUCUGCAACAAUCAGUUUAAUUCAAGUAGGAUUUUUUUGGUUGACAGAAAAAUCACAUGGAAUCCUGCCGUUUUAAAACCAAGCUUCUCUUUUUCAGACUACAACCCGCUGUCUGGAGAUGGAGGUGGCACAUGUUCCUGGAGGCCCGGCCGGAGGGGCCCAUCAGCCGGUGGAUGA